AUGGCCAACGAUUCGGGACCACCGUCCACGCCCUCCUCCCUCUCCCCCUCCACCACGCCCUCCGUGGCGCGCCCCUCACCGGCCCACAUCGACAAUGGACCCUUCUCUCCAAGGGGACUGAAACAGCUCGGGUUGUUCUUUGCGGGCGCAAGCUUCCUCGUCUGCUCGACCCUCAUCACGAAACGUGCCGUCACCCGCAAGAAGCUCGCUGCCUUCCCCAAAUUCUACCAACCUAGCCACGCCGCCGCUGGGAAGCAGGAAAACCCCGAGGGCUCCCUGAUUGCGCUGGAAGCCCUCAACCUCGCGACACUCAACGUCUUUAGCUUUGGCGUCAUGGCCACGGGCGGCAUUGCCUGGGCCUUUGACGUAUCCUCUGUCGAUGACUUGCGAGAAAAGGCGCGGCGGACCAUCAGAGGCGAGGCAGGCAAGACGGACGAGGCUGCUGAGCGCGAGUUUGAGGAAUGGGCAAAUCGUGUGCUGACGAAGCUCGGCCAGACCUCAGCAGCAGAAGAGAACAGCAGCCAGGGCAAGCCGAGCUCAUCAGAAAAGAAGGACUGA